UUCAACACAACCGCCAAGUUCGGGGCGUGCAGUCACUUCAGGAUACACGUUGAAAGGGAAAUGCGUGCCCAGUCCCCUUAGGUCGAGACCACCUGGCCGAUGUCCUCAGCGUGUGCACCUCCCUGCGCCCCCGUGCGGGUCACUGCUGGGGCUUCUGGCGGUGCGUGGGAGAAUGGACAAGACCUGUGAAAUGAACUACAAGGUGGUGGACAGCCCGCUGGGGGAGAUUGAGAUCUCUGCCUGUGAGCAGGGUGUGCAUGAGAUCAGGCUGCACGGCAGGAAGACCCCCGACGCCGGAGCCGUGGAGGCCCCCCCUCUUCCUGAGCUGCUCGGCUGUCCAGGGGAAAUGACGGCGCCCCUGAAGCAGUGCGUGGCCUGGCUGGAUGCCUAUUUCCAUGAGCCGGCGGCCCUCAAAGACCUCCCCUUGCCUGCGAUUCACCAUCCCGUUUUCCAGCGAGAUUCGUUCACCAGACAGGUGUUGUGGAAGCUGCUGAAGGUUGUCAGACUCGGAGAAACGGUUUCUUACCGGCAAUUAGCAGCCCUGGCAGGCAGGCCCCGAGCCGCGCGGGCAGUGGGCGGAGCGAUGAGGACCAAUCCUCCUGUCCAGAGCCUGGCAGGGGCCUGCUAGCACAUUCGAAACAGUUUCUCCCCGAAGCGGUGGGAACGUCUGCGACGGGAUAGAAGCGUGCCAUCCUGUCAGGAUGAGGAAACAGAACCAGCACAUCCUGGGGGAGGAAUUACUACAUCAGACAGACCUCCCUCCUUUGAAAAUGGCUAUAGCUUUGCUGUGUGUCCUCAAAAUUCUCUUCAUCCCCGUUGACCCAGGCGAGGCGGGCGUUCACACACCCCAACCCGCCGCUCUUGCCAGUUGGCACCGACUGCCCUUGGUCAGAGCCCGGCAUCUCUAGGAGACGGCGAUUACCCAGCUUUCCGCACAACACGGCCUUGUUUGGUUUAAGCAGCAGCUCAUAGAGGAUUGCAGUGGAUCGCACUGUCUUGAUGCGUGUCUGACCUGGAGAAGAGCUCUCUGCCUCGUUAAACUCCGAUUGUCCGAGCAGCAUGUGAUGCGGACGACGCGUCGCACCCAGCCCGCAUCUCCCCAUCUAGAGUCCUCGGCGGCCGUGGCUGCUGAGCCCAGCGGGCGUCCUGUUGUGUUUUCGCUGCCACGUGCCCAGCUGCGUCUUCAGAGUCCAUCCCCUCCACACCCUGUGGGUGCACACGCUGACCAUGCGCACAGGAUGACUCGGAAUCAGGUUUAUGAGCAUGAUUUUUUACGCUUCUGACAAACUUUGACCCACAUCGUUCCUCGGAAAGGCCACCGCCUUCUCCCAGGUUGUGUCUCCACGUUGAGCAGUUGGACCGUGCUCUGGAUAGAAAGACGGCUGGGACACCGUGGUAUCCGGGCUCCGUUUCGCGCCUUGUGAGAAGGACGUCAGAAGCCGGCCGGGCUCUGCCUGUCCCGCCUCCCCCCCCCCCCCCCCCCCCGCGGUCGUGGCGUCCUGUGGACAUCCUCCCUUUGUCCCAGAUCUUCAUCCGUGUUGCGGGCCCCAUUUCUGCUCUCCAUGCCCUGUGUGUAGAGUCGGUCACCCACGCUGCUCACGGAGGCUUGACUUGACUCCCACCGUGUGACGCAGCAGGUGGGUGCCGCCGUCGCUGCCCCGGGCGUGGCUGCCGCCCGCCUCUGCUCCGAGAACAAGCGUUGGUAAUGGACGGCACGCAUCCGUAGCCCCGCACCUGCCUUCUGUGUGAUGACAGCAGUUUCUCACUCUCUGAAAGGGACGUGCCGUCACUGUUCAGCGAUCACGCUCCUGGCAAUAUUCAGAAACAUUUAUUGUUCUGCAACCAGCAUGACUCUCUUCUCUUGCUAUUAAUCUCGAUGAACAUCUCUCUUCAACUGUGGCCUCCGUCACUGAAAUUUAUAAAAUAGGAUCUCCCAAGGCUUAAAUCUCUAAUGUCCGUAAAGUCAACGUAUUGACUUCCCCGCCUCGUGCCCAGGUCAAGAAUGGCAGCAACGACAUCAGGCAUGAGGACUGAGCAAGCGCCUGGUCCCUCCUCUUGGUGCUGUCCUGUGCCACGAGCAGCCAGGCAGAGGGGUGAGCCCUCGGGGCCUGGCCACGUGUCCCUCUGUUGUCGGGCGCCGCACGUAACCCAUGCAGGGACCGUCCACGCGAGGCGGUUGAGGAGAUGCCGGCAGCUGCAGGGCGGAGCAGGGCUUCCAGGCCUGGUGCCAACAUGCCACAGGUGCGCCUGCGAGAAAACCUUCAAAGGUGUAGCCAACUUCCGCUCAGCCUCCCAGGGAGCUCUGCGGUCCUCACGGGGUUCCCGUAAAGUUGAUCUAAAACCUCCUUGGAAUGGGCUGGGGCGUCCAAGAGGUGACCCAGGAACCUGCCACGACUGAUGUGGCUGUCCCACGUGGGUGCCCCCUUUCCUUGGUGCUGGCAGCACAAGGCCCAACGCGGAGCCCCACGCAUCAGCUCCAGCACCAACAGAGCAUCGCUGAGAGUUGCUCGUUGAAAAUCUCUCUCAGUUUAGGCUGAGUAGAGCAAUUGUACCUUUUGGGAAGGAGAGUAGAAAAUGGGUUUGGAAUGUGGCAAAGCA